CGCAGGGAGGAGAGGGUGGUCUGGAAGCGGUAGAUAUGGCCAGCAAAGUGUCGGAUCUGCUGUACUGGCGAAAUGUUGGGACCACCACGCUGGUGUUCACAGGUUUGGUUGUGGGUUUGGCUUGUUUGUUCCAGCUCAGCUCCAUCACAGUCCUGUCCAACUUUGGCUUGUGGAUCAUGGCCUUCACCCUUCCCGCACGGUUUCUUUACAAAGCCCUGGACCUGAUGCGGCUCAGUGAUGGCUCUCACCCCUUCCAAUCAUAUUUGGAUGAGGACCAUACGCUGACGGAUGAGGACACGAUCCGCGUGGCUGAACAUAUCGUUCUGCUGAUCGCUACGGCUGUCACUGACCUGAAGAGGCUUUUCUUCAUCAAUAGCAUCAUGGACUCAUUGAAGUUCAUUGCCUUGCUGUAUUUGUUGAGCUUCGUGGGGGUCCAAACCAAUGGUCUUACUCUAAUAAUGACUGGUGUCAUAUGUGCUUUCUCUCUGCCACUGCUGUACAAACUUCAGCAGCAAAGGAUUGAGAAGAUUGUCAAAGCUGUCAAAAAACUUGUUACCAAAAUUACUGAAAUGGUUGAUUUUGUGGUCUCUCUGGUCAAACCUCCACCACCUGAUCCGGCUCCAGCACCUACCUCUACUGUCGCAUUAAGACAGAAACAAAAGACAAAAUGAAAAGGAUGAAGAGAGAAAUGUGAAUUUGGAACAGGAUGAACAAAGUCUUACAUUGCAGCUGUGGCUUAGCGUGUAAAUUGGGUUUGUUAGGCAGGUUUGGGGGUUAUGAGCCAACCCAUGAGCGGCCUUUGUUUUACAGUUUGUUUCUUAUGGUGCUCAGAGAUUGUUCAAUGUGUCUUCUAUAAAAAAAAGAUUGUAGCAGCAUAUUGCAAAGCGAUGAUGUAUGCCAAUACUUUAUGUUGUUGUGCUCCAUCACUUUAACUGAAAUGUCUUUCCUGACAAUUAAACAGCUGUGUAACAUUUAUAAUUACUGGCUCAUUCCUUUUCAACAGAUUUUCACAACAAAGGAAGCGAGUAAUAUAUGCAAGUAUAUCUUUCUCCACUAGAUGGCGCAAUGAG